AUGCAGCAGACCAUGUACAGAAUUCGAGAUCCUCGCAGGUCACUUAAAUUCUAUACAGAAGUUCUUGGAAUGAGGUUGUUGACAAGGCUUGACUUCCCUUCAAUGUCAUUUACCCUCUUUUUUAUGGGCUUUGCUGAUGAAGCUGAUAUCCCUAAAGAUGAGAAAGAAAGGAUUAAAUGGACAUUCAUGCAACCAGGAACCAUAGAACUUACUUAUAACUAUGGAACAGACUCUGAUGAUAGUUUUGAAGGGUACCAUAAUGGUAACAAGGAACCUAAAGGAUUUGGUCAUAUUGGAUUGUCUGUACCUGAUGUAUAUGCUGCCUGUGAAAGAUUUGAGAAGCUAGGUGUGAAGUUUAUCAAGAAGCCUGAUGGUGGUUCUAUGAAAGGACUAGCUUUUAUUCAAGAUCCUGACGGAUACUGGAUUGAGAUACUUAGUGCUAAUAGGAUGGCUGGACGAGAUUGA